AUGGUCUCUAAGAAAUUGCAGACGCCAACAAAUGUGCUAGUCGUCAGUCUUGCCGUUGCCGACUUAAUGACAUGCCUCACCAUCCCUUUACAAGUGGUGAUGCUGCUUAGCCAGUCCGACUGGCCACUGCCAGAGGUAGUCUGCAAGGGUAUCGUCUAUAUGUCCUACGCCGCUAUAUGUUGCAGCGUGUUGACGCUAACCGCCAUUGCUAUCGUCCGAUGGUACGUGAUCACCCGUUCCGUCCACGGCUACCACGGUAUCAACACUCACCGGAGUAUGAUCACCGUUGCCAUCAUCACCUGGAUCGCAUCUUUUAUUGCUAUGGUAACCCCUCCAUCUCUUGGUAUAGGAUCUGUUGGCUAUUCAGAGUUCUAUAGGCUAUGCUCUGUUACGGAUGACAACCCACUACGAGCAUUCUACGUCCUCAUCCAAGCCAUCAUCUUGGUCCUAGCCUUAUUUGUCACCGCGGUCUUUUACAUCCUCAUUCUUCACUUCGUCAUGAACAGUACUAAAUCAUUCCGCACCAAAUUCAAAGAUGAUGAGGCUCCCAAAGGCACUAAGGAAAACACGACUGGAAAUGGGAUGUCAACCAACGCCCGGUUCAACAAGCGAGAGAUCGAAAUCACCAAAAACCUGUUCGUUGUCGUAUGUGUUUUUGUACUCUGUAUGUUCCCACAAGGAGUGAACUUCAUCAUCCCUGGUGCCAGUAUCUUCACCCUCUAUUCGGGGGCAAUCAUGACAUUUAACAGUACCCUUAACCCAAUCAUUUACGGUCUCAAGCAUCCCAACUUCAAGGAGGUAUUCCGUUUUUUGCUUACCUGUAAUGUAUCUGGCAUUUCACAACCUGUAAUUAAGGCUAAGGCUAAGUCUGACACACGUUCAACCAAUCUAACAUCAAGUAAGACUAAUUAA